CUUAGGGAAUUACCCAUGGACACUAAAUAUUUGAUCAAUCUUAGGCAUCUAGAUGUUACUAAUUGUUCAAAAUUGACUCAUAUGCCCCAUGGAUCAGGACAGUUAACUUCUCUUGAGAUACUACCACAGUUUGUUGUGAGUAAGGUAGGUUCUAGAGCCAGGUCUAGUUGUGGGCUAAGUGAAUUGAAGCAGUUGAGCAAUUUGGGAGGACGCUUAUGGAUUGGAUAUCUAGGUCAUGAAGAAGAGGACAUGCUAGAAUGUCAAGCUGCAAAUAUGAAGGAGAAACAACAUCUUCAACAAUUGAUUUUACGGUGGGAUGAAUUACCGAAUGAUAAAACCACAUGUUGUGAUGAAAUGUCAUUGAAAUGGCUCCAACCACAUCCAAAUCUUAAAGCAUUGGAGUUACGGUCUUAUAUGGGUGUGACAAUUCCAAGUUGGAUCUCUUCGCUUACUAAUCUUGUCAAUUUGGAAUUUUGGCAUACUCACAAAUGCCAUCACCUCCCACCGUUAUAUCAACUCCCUUUUCUGAAGUCUCUCAAACUUGCAGAUAUGGGAGAGCUUGAAUACAUAUCAGAAGACACUAUUAGUCUAUCCUUAACUUCAUCGUUGUCUUCCACGAAAACAUUAUUUUUCCCAUCCUUAAUUACUCUCACAUUAUGGGAUUGCCCCAAUGUGAAAGGAUGGUGGAGGAUAGAUGAUAACACUCAACCAGAGCAUUUGUUAAUACCAUCAUUUCCUCAUCUUUCGGAAUUAGAAAUUAGUUUUUGCCCGAACCUCAGUUGCAUGCCAUUAUUUCCGUAUCUCAAAGAAGGGUUGACAUUGACUGAAGUUAGCUCCAAAGUAUUGCAACAAACAAUGGAUAUGGUAGUAACGCAGAACCCAUCAACGGCAUUCUCAACCUCCUCAUGUUGCUUUCCUCUUUCUGAAUUAGAGACUUUGCAGUUAGAAUGGGUUAAUGAUUUAGAAUCACUUCCAGAUGCAUGGCUACGAAAUCUUGUUUCACUUCGAAGACUUUCCAUUUUCAACUGUAAUGGACUAAGGUCUUUCCCUGGUGGAGGCAUUCAACAUCUCACCUCACUUCAAGAUAUGAAAAUUUGGGAUUGUAACGAGCUUGUUUUGCUAAAUGAUGAAGAUGAUAGUAUGCAAUGGCAGGGCCUUAUGAGCCUUAGUUCACUCUAUUUUACUGGACUUCCAAAACUGCUGUCUCUACCAAAUGGACUUCAACAUAUUACCACUCUUCAAAAACUCCAAAUUCGCGAUUGUCCUAAUUUGACAGCUUUACCAGAGUGGAUAGGUAACCUCAAAUCACUUCAAGAGCUUAACAUUAGCAAAUGGCCCAAUUUGAUAUCAUUGCCUCGAGAGAUUUGUUAUCUCACCUCUUUACAAGAUUUGGAGAUUGAAAAUUGUCCUAAUUUGAUUGCUUUACCAGAGUGGAUAGGUAAUCUCACAUUACUACAAAGGUUUAAAAUUGACGAAUACCCCAAUUUGACAUCAUUGCCUGAUGGAAUGCGCCAUCUCACCUCUUUACAAUAUCUUAACAUUGAAAAUUGUCCUAAUUUGAUGGCUUUACCUGAGUGGAUAGGCAACCUCACAUCACUACAAAAGCUUGAAAUUAGCCGUUGCCCCAAUCUGAGAUCAUUGCCUCAAGGGAUUCGCCAUCUCUCCACUUUACAAUGCCUUACAAUUGCUAAUUGUCCUCUUUUACGACAAAGAUGUCAGAGACAGACAGGUGAAGAUUGGCCUCAGAUUGCUCAUAUUCCAUUCUUAGAUGUGGAUUGGUACCUGCAGUAUGCAAUAGAACCAAUUGAGGCAAAGAAUAAAGUUUGGCUCAAAAUUCGGACCUUAUUUGAAAAAAGAAAUUGUGCAACAUGUCACAAAACCAGUGAAUCAUAGCGACUUUCUUGGCACUUUGAGGGGAGGACUUUGUUGGGCUUUGUGGAGCUUAGUUAUGUUUGAUCUAGAUGAUGACCUGACUCGAAAUAAUGUUGCGUAGUUUUUAAUGGGAGAUUUUAUGAGGUUUAGUCCAUGGAGCGGAGGCUUGGGUCGAUAGGCUCAAGCUGUAGCGCUUAUGGACAAGCCUCUUGGGGGUCUAGAGGCAACGCCCCCGAGAAAAUUUUUUGGCCCGUUUUGUAGCCCAUUGUGAAUCCUGUGCGCAGGAUGUAGAAAAAUGUUGUUUUGGUGAUUAGGGUUUGUUGUUGUCGUUUUUGAGAGUGAGAAAAAUUGUACUGCCACACUUUGUAUUUUUUCUCUGAUAAUAGUGAAAUCUCUGCAAUUCCGUGGACGUAGGUAAA